AUGGGUCACUUUUUGACACAUGUCCUCGCUCGUGUGAAGAGAAGUGCUUUCUGCGACGUUACCCAGAAGAGCAUUGAGAUUGGAACAGAGUACUUGGCUGGUCCCGGUCAACACCCGACCUCCAAAUCUACAGUAUCGCGUCCAAAUUACCGGUGUUCGCCCGAUCCAAAGCGAAUACAAACUUCUCGCUCGUGGUACAUAGUCCCUCGGCUAGAAUUCAUGAAUUCUAGCAAUCCCACCCUGACAAUAAGCUACCGUUAUCGCCUCCCAAUGUUGAAAUAUAAUGUUGUUCCAGUGUACUCAUGCGAUGACGGACCUGAUGCUAGUUGGAGUACAGGAGAGCCAAGAGCGAUAUUCUGCAAUAUCGAUAUCCCCGGGAUUCGAGCGACUCGGACAGUCCUGUGCCUGGCUCCCCACUGGCACGGGUUCAUCAAAACAUAUACAUAUCUAUCAACACCUAUCAUUGCGGCAAUUGGAUGGUGCCAGACCUGGGUUAUCGCUUCAAUUUUUCUCUCCAUGGGAAAAUCCAAUGAGGUUGUUGAGGCCAUUGAAGAGCCACGACUGCAGAGUUCCUUCGUGAGAUACUAUAACGAAGCCAGAGAAGACCCAGGUCACUCGGAAACGUCCACUUGUAAUUAUGUUGCAGAGCAAAGGUAUACGGGUAUACUUGCUGCAUGGCCCAGGCUUGCAGAUCGUUCCACCGCUACUCCCAAAAAGGCUGUCGGUGUGAUGUCAAUGGACCCUGGACUCAGCACGCAACUUUUUGACCUCUAUCACUCCGUCUGCAAUGCAGGAUACCUUGCAUACCUGUCAUUCCUCAUUCAAAUUACUGGCUCUCUCUACGGUAUCGUGACAGUCUUGAUCAUUUGGGCAGAUGAUGCACGUCUCAGAGAGGAAGCUUAUGGCGUUCAACUUGCAGCAACAACUUGCCGCACUCACUAUCAACCGCGGGAUGUGUUCCCGUGGGCACCUCUUCACGCUCUUUAUGUUACGACGGCUAUCACUGUUGCACUGGAAUUCCUCUUCGCUGUCAGGGGAUUCCUCAUUGGUUGGCAUAUGAGCGUGCUUCCUGGUAUCCUCCGUUUCUUUGUUGUCUUUUCGUGGUUGCUUCCUAGCGCAGAGGCGCUGACACUAAUAUUUGGCCUUAUCGCAAUGAAGAUGGAGGUUUCAUUCAUCUCCGCCAAGGUGAUCAUCUUUGGGCUCCCGGCACUGUGGUUAAUGAUCGGGCCGUUGCUUAUCAUCGGAGCAUUGUUGGGAUCGCACUUUGGCAUGUUGAAUUGUCUUGUUGUCAAUUCUAGCUUGUGCGCCACAGCUUGA